UGUUCGUGAGAAGAAGCAGAUUGUUUCCCAGGAAGGAAACACAUGUAGUGUGUGAGGCAGAGAAAGAGCGUCGAGAGAACCGCUCUGCGUGACUGUCUCCCACUAAAAUAAUAAUAAUAAAUAUAAAAAUAACCUGUCUCUCUCUGAGCGUAAUUUAAUAAAGUAAAUUGAAGUAAAGGACUAAAAUACGAGAUCUACGGCAUCAGGAUCCACAGCACUUCACUUUGAACAAAUAACACAGCUUAAUUUGCAGUCUUCCGUCAUGGCAACAAAUAAUGGUCCCCCAAUUGACCUCCAACCACAGAAAAAUGCAAUUCAUCCCACCCCUCCUUAUAGCCAGGGACCAGCUGUACCAGGCCAAGGUCAAGUGCCCAUGAUGCCAGUUCCACAAAGACCCGCUGGCUGCCCACCAGGACUGGAGUACCUGACCCAGAUUGAUCAACUUCUUAUACAGCAGAAAGUUGAGCUGGCUGAAGUUAUAUUGGGCUGGGAGACCAAUAAUAAGUACAUGGUGAAGAACAGUAUGGGGCAACAGGUGUUCUUUGUGGCUGAGGAAAACGACUGCUGUAACAGACAGUUCUGUGGACCACUGCGCUCAUUCGUCCUCCAUGUUCAGGAUAACCUGGGACAGGAAGUGAUGACACUCACUCGUCCUUUGAAGUGUGGAAGCUGCUGUUGUCCCUGUUGCCUGCAAGAGCUUGAAAUCCAGUCUCCACCGGGGACCCCGAUUGGAUAUGUGAUCCAGAACUGGCAUCCUUUCCUUCCUAAGUAUACCAUACAGAAUGAGAAGAAAGAAGGAGUUCUGAAGAUCAUAGGGCCGUUCUGUUCAUGCAGAUGUUGCGCUGAUGUGAACUUUGAUGUUUUCUCCAUGGAUGAAUCAACAAAGGUGGGCAGAAUCUCUAAACAAUGGACAGGUCUGGUGAGAGAAGCUUUCACCGAUGCAGACAAUUUUGGAAUCUCCUUUCCUAUGGAUCUGGAUGUGAAGAUUAAAGCUGCUCUUUUUGGAGCAUGUUUUCUCAUAGACUUCAUGUUCUUUGAACACAAUAAAUAAAUGUAUUUUCUGGAGGUCAUUAUUUCAGACUGAAUUUUGAACUCCUUUCUCUGGAUAUGUUAACCAUGGAUUCAAAUGUGGAUCACUCGGCUAAAAAAAAAAUAUUACACAUAUAACUAUGUACAUUAAAUGAUGGAGUCUAUUCCUUCACUACUGUUCAUGAGCCACCACUAGGUGACAGCAGUUCCCUUUACAGUAAUGAUGAGAUGCCUUCUGUAUCAACAAAGUACCUGCUCUAAAUGUACUGCCAAAAAAUGUACUAACUAAACAUUAUAUACAGUUAACAAACUUGUUACAAGCAAAAUGUUGAUUGCUUAAGUGUGCUCCAUUGUAAUAAAUAGUAAAAUGAAGUGUUAUAUCA